CGAGUUGGAUUUCGGAUCCUCCAUUCCGAUUCAUUUGCAGUAUUUAAGCAACCCGAUAGAGACUAGCCAGUCAAUUUUAUUUCCCCGCAUCAUCUGCUCUGGCGAAAAACCUUAAGCUCGAAGUCAUCUCGUCCUGUUCAAAGGCGAGGGAAGAGAGGGUAUUGACCCCUGUCUCUCGUUGCAAUGGGAACGGAGGCGAACUGGGAGCGGCUGGUACGAGCCGCUCUGAGGAGGGAAAGGCUUGGGGCGGGAGCACAUGGGCAGCCUGUCAGUGGCAUUGCAGGAAAUGUUCCUUCUUCUCUGGCAAACAACUUGCAUAUCGAUGAGAUACUUAGAGCUGCUGAUGAGAUACUAGAGGAGGACGCCAAUGUCUCCAGAAUAUUAUGUGAACAUGCUUACUCACUGGCCCAAAAUUUGGACCCUAAUAGUGAAGGCCGAGGUGUUUUGCAGUUCAAGACUGGUUUAAUGUCAGUUAUAAAGCAAAAACUUGCUAAGCGAGAGGGUGGUGCUAUUGAUCGGAGCCAGGAUAUUGCUCGACUGCAGGAAUUUUACAAGCGCUAUAGAGAGAAAAACAAAGUUGAUGAGCUGUGUGAAGAUGAAAUGAAGUUGAGGGAAUCUGGUGUUUUCAGUGGUAACCUUGGAGAGUUGGAGCGUAAAACUUUAAAAAGGAAGAAAGUAUUUGCUACACUUAAGGUUUUGGGAACGGUUGUUGAAGAUCUUACGAGAGAGAUAUCUCCUGACCAAGCUGAAAGAUUAAUCUCUGAAGAGAUGAAACGAGUCAUGCAAGCAGAUGCCGCAAUGUCAGAAGAUGUAGUUCCUUAUAAUAUCAUUCCUUUGGAUGCACCAUCUCUGACAAAUGUCAUCACAUCUUUUCCUGAGGUUAAAGCUGCAGUGUCAUCACUCAAGUACUAUAGGGGCUUACCAAAGCUUCCUGAUGAUUUUUUUAUUCCAGCCGCCAGGAAGCCUGAUAUGCUUGAUUUAUUACAAUAUGUAUUUGGAUUUCAGAAAGACAAUGUCUCGAACCAACGAGAACAUAUAAUUUUGCUUCUUGCUAAUGCGCAAUCUCGACUAGGCAGCAUUUCAGGAAAUGAUCCUAAAUUAGAUGAAGGUGCUGUGCAUAUUGUUUUCUCGAAGUGCCUUGACAAUUAUAUCAAGUGGUGCGGCUAUUUGCCUCUCCGUCCAGUUUGGAAUAACUUGGAGUCAGGUGGCAAGGAAAAGAAGCUUCUUUAUAUUUGUUUGUAUUUCUUGAUUUGGGGAGAAGCUUCCAACAUCCGUUUUCUUCCAGAAUGCUUGUGUUACAUAUUUCAUCACAUGGCUAGAGAAUUAGAAGAAAUACUGCGUGGUCAGAUUGCGGAGCCUGCAAAUAGUUGUAAAUCAGAGAGUGGGGUAUCGUUCCUUGAUCAAGUUAUUUCUCCUCUGUAUGAUGUCAUUGCGGCGGAGGCUGCAAAUAAUGACAAUGGGCAGGCUGCUCACUCUGCUUGGAGAAACUAUGAUGAUUUCAAUGAGUACUUCUGGUCUCUUCAGUGCUUUCAGCUUGGCUGGCCAUGGCGUUUGGGUUCACCUUUUUUCUUAAAACCUGUUAGAAGGGCUAAGACCUCCUUUGUGAGAAGAUUCGUAACUUACCUUAUCUUAUACCCCACAAUUUUCACAAGACUUGUGAUUAAUCUGUUUAUGAUGUUUCAGGGUUUAACUAUCAUAGCCUUUAAUAAAGGGAAUCUAGAUUUGAAGACUGGGAAACAGCUGCUUAGCCUUGGUCCUACAUAUGUUGUGAUGAAGUUCGUAGAAAGUAUCCUUGACAUUCUGAUGAUGUAUGGUGCAUACUCUACUUCUCGUAGCUCUGCGGUCUCCCGCAUCAUCUGCCGGUUUCUUUGGUUCACAUUUGUUUCACUUCUUAUAAGCUACCUUUUUGUUAAGGCACUGCAGGACGGGUCUGAUUCUAUAUUCUUCAAGAUAUAUGUCCUUGUAAUUGUCAUAUAUGCUGUUUUCAGAGUUUUUCUUAGUCUGUUAAUGCGCAUCCCGGUUUGCCACCGACUUAUGUUGCCAUGUGACCAAUGGGCUGUAGUGCGUCUUCUUAAGUGGCUCAACCAGGAGCAUAAUUUUGUUGGUCGUGGGAUGUAUGAAAGGGCAACUGACUAUAUUAAGUAUUUACUUUUCUGGCUUGUGGUACUUGGUGGAAAGUUUUCCUUCGCAUACUUUCUAUUGAUCAAGCCAUUGGUAUCACCUACGCAAAUUAUAGUAAAAUUUAAUAACUUGAGCUACUCCUGGCAUGAUUUUUUCUCUAAAAAUAAUCACAAUGCUCUUACAAUUCUCAGUUUAUGGGCACCAGUUUUCUGUAUUUAUCUCUUAGAUAUCCAGUUGUUCUACACUGUAUUUUCAGCUGUUUAUGGUUUUCUUCUUGGGGCAAGGGACCGUUUGGGAGAGAUUAGAUCCGUGGAUGCUGUUCACAAGUUGUUUGAGGAGUUUCCUACAGCUUAUAUGGAGAAGCUUCACUUAUCCCUGCAUAGAAGGAAGGAGCUUAAAACUUCUGGCCAGAAUGAGGAGCUAAAGAAGUUUGAUGCUGCUAGAUUUGCACCAUUCUGGAAUGAAAUUAUUAAAAAUUUGCGAGAGGAAGACUAUAUAACGAAUUUGGAAUUGGAUUUACUUCUUAUGCCAAAAAAUUCUUCAUUUAUUCCUCUGGUCCAAUGGCCCUUGUUUCUUCUGGCUAGCAAGAUUUUUAGGGCUAAGGAUAUUGCAGCAGAAUACAAAGAUUCCCAAGAUGAACUAUGGGAUAGAACUUCUAGGGACGAGUACAUGAAAUAUGCUGUUGAGGAGUGUUAUUACAGCGUGAGGGCAAUUUUGUUGGCCAUACUGGAAUUUGAUAGAGAAGGCCGCUUGUGGGUGGACAGAAUUUUUGAAGAUAUAAAGGAGAGUGUGCGGAGAAAGAGCAUUCAGACAGACUAUGAAUUAAGUAAGCUGCCGCUCGUGAUAUCCAGGAUUACGGCAUUGACUGGGAUAUUGAGAGGGGAAGCAUCUCCUGAACUUGAUAAGGGUGCUAUCAGCGCUAUGCAAGAUCUUUAUGAUGUUGUACAUCAUGAUAUUCUUUUUGUGGAUAUGGGAGGUCACCUUGAUGUUUGGAAUCAAAUAUCUAAAGCAAGGGCUGAUGGCCGACUCUUCUCUAAUCUUAAAUGGCCUGGAGAUCCUGAGUUGAAAGCUCAGAUCAAACGAUUACAUUCCUUGUUGACUAUCAAAGAGUCUGCAGCAAAUGUGCCUAUAAAUCUAGAGGCUAGGCGUCGGCUUGAAUUCUUUACGAACUCUCUGUUUAUGCGAAUUCCAGCUGCUAGGCCAGUUUCAGAGAUGUUGUCAUUUGGUGUUUUUACCCCAUACUAUUCUGAGACUGUGCUUUAUAGUAUUGAUGAGCUCCAAAAGAAGAACGAGGACGGGAUAACCACGCUAUUCUAUCUGCAAAAGAUCUUUCCAGAUGAGUGGAAGAACUUUCUUUCUCGGAUAGGAAGAGAUGAAAAUGCUGCAGACUCUGAGCUAUUUGACAAUUCAAAUGAUAUUCUUGAGCUCCGGUUUUGGGCUUCUUAUCGUGGACAAACUUUAGCACGCACGGUUCGCGGUAUGAUGUAUUAUCGAAAAGCUCUUAUGCUUCAAAGCUAUUUGGAGAGGCUUAGCUCCGGAGGCUCAGAAUUUACAGUUAAUAACAGUGUCUUAAGUGAAACUCAGGGUUUUGAAUUAUCUCCUGAGGCUCGUGCUCAGGCAGAUAUAAAGUUUACUUAUGUUGUGACAUGUCAAAUAUAUGGAAAACAAAGGGAAGAAGGGAAGCCUGAGGCUGCAGAUAUUUCACUAUUGAUGCAACGAAAUGAAGCACUUAGAGUUGCAUACAUUGAUGUAGUUGAGAAUUUAAAGGACGGUAGAACAUACACCGAGUAUUUCUCAAAACUUGUCAAAGCUGAUAUCCAUGGGAAGGAUAAGGAAGUAUAUUCAGUCAAAUUGCCUGGAAAUCCGAAGCUUGGUGAAGGUAAACCUGAAAAUCAAAACCAUGCCAUCAUAUUUACCCGCGGUAGUGCAGUUCAAACCAUUGACAUGAAUCAGGAUAAUUAUUUUGAAGAAGCUUUGAAGAUGAGAAAUCUUCUUGAGGAAUUUCAUUGCAAUCAUGGCCUUCGUCAACCAACAAUUUUGGGUGUUAGGGAGCAUGUCUUCACUGGAAGUGUUUCAUCUUUGGCUUCGUUCAUGUCCAAUCAAGAGACGAGUUUUGUGACUUUGGGUCAGCGAGUUCUUGCUAAUCCACUUAAGGUUCGUAUGCAUUAUGGCCACCCUGAUGUUUUUGAUAGAAUUUUUCACAUAACUAGAGGAGGUAUCAGCAAGGCUUCACGUAUAAUAAACAUUAGUGAGGAUAUAUACGCUGGUUUCAACUCAACUUUGCGUCAAGGGAAUAUUACUCAUCAUGAGUAUAUUCAGGUGGGAAAGGGAAGAGAUGUGGGGUUGAAUCAGAUUGCUUUAUUUGAAGGGAAAGUUGCUGGUGGCAAUGGUGAACAAGUUCUUAGUAGGGAUGUGUACAGACUUGGGCAGCUCUUUGACUUCUUCCGCAUGUUGUCCUUUUACUAUACAACUGUAGGAUUUUACUUGUGUACCAUGCUUACUGUACUAACUGUCUACAUAUUCCUCUACGGGAAAACAUAUCUGGCUUUAUCUGGUGUUGGUGAGGCCAUUCAGGACAGAGCUGAUGUAUUAGACAACACUGCCUUGAAUGCUGCACUUAACGCCCAGUUCUUGUUCCAAAUUGGUAUUUUUUCGGCAGUUCCAAUGGUCCUGGGAUUCAUCUUGGAACAAGGCUUUCUAAGAGCUAUUAUUAGCUUUGUUACCAUGCAAUUGCAGCUCUGCUCUGUCUUUUUCACUUUCUCGCUUGGAACAAGGACUCACUACUUUGGACGGACAAUACUCCACGGAGGUGCAAAGUAUCGUGCAACUGGUAGGGGUUUUGUUGUCCGUCAUAUAAAGUUCGCAGAAAAUUACAGGUUAUAUUCACGCAGUCAUUUCGUGAAGGGAUUGGAAGUCGUACUUUUAUUGAUUGUAUACCUUGCCUAUGGAGAUAAUAAGGGUGGUGCCCUCUCUUACAUUUUACUCUCUAUUAGUAGUUGGUUCAUGGCAUUAUCUUGGCUUUUUGCUCCAUAUGUGUUUAAUCCUUCUGGUUUUGAGUGGCAAAAAACUGUGGAAGAUUUUCGAGAGUGGACAAAUUGGUUACUAUAUCGAGGGGGAAUUGGAGUCAAAGGUGAAGAAAGCUGGGAGGCUUGGUGGGACGAGGAACUGGCACACAUUCGUACGCUGCGUGGAAGGAUACUAGAAACUAUAUUGAGCUUAAGAUUUUUUGUCUUUCAAUAUGGCAUUGUAUACAAGCUUCAUGCUUCUGGAAAGGAUACAUCGCUGACGGUUUAUGGACUCUCUUGGAUUGUGCUGGCGGUGUUGUUCAUUCUUUUUCAGGUGUUCACAUUUAGCCAAAAGGCCUCUGUAAAUUUCCAAUUGCUGCUGCGCCUCAUUCAGAGCAUCUCAUUCAUGCUGGUAUUAGCGGGUUUAGCUGCUGCAGUUGCACUUACAAAGCUAUCAAUCGCCGAUAUAUUUGCUUGCAUCUUAGCAUUCAUACCCACAGGAUGGGCGAUUCUUUCUAUAGCCGUUGCAUGGAAGCCUGUGAUGAAGAAGUUGCAUUUGUGGAAAUCACUGCGUUCCCUUGCUAGACUUUACGAUGCUGGGAUGGGAAUGUUCAUAUUCAUUCCUAUUGCCAUUUUUUCAUGGUUCCCAUUCGUCUCUACUUUCCAAACAAGGCUUCUGUUCAAUCAGGCCUUCAGCAGAGGUUUGGAGAUUUCCCUUAUUCUCGCUGGAAACAAUCCCAAUACUGGUAUCUGAGAAGCUUUAGUUUUUUGUAAUUUUAGCUAUCAUGUCACUUUAAACUGUGGAAGAACAAAAUAAUUUUUGUUGUAA